AGUCCUUGCAGUGGCUGUAACAAAACCCAGACCCCCAGGUCCCGGCCAAUGGAGGCAAUUUAGACUGGAGUGGGACCACGUCUGUCAAAAGCCGGACUCCGCAGCAGCGGCAGAGGCCAGAAAGAGAACUGGAGCCGCCGCACUGCCUCCCCGCCCCCGCUGGGAUUUAUUGAGUAUUUGGACUGGACAAUUAAGUGGCCCUGAUGAUGUUACCAAGCCCGGUCACCUCCACCCCUUUCUCAGUCAAAGACAUUUUGAAUCUGGAGCAGCAGCAGCAGCACUUCCACGGUGCGCACUUGCAGGCAGACUUGGAGCAUCACUUCCACUCGGCGCCCUGCAUGCUGGCAGCAGCUGAGGGGACGCAAUUUUCUGACGGAGGGGAGGAGGACGAGGAAGAAGAGGGCGAGAAAUUGUCCUAUUUGAACUCACUAGCCUCAACCGACAGCCACGGGGAUUCUGGGCUCUGUCCCCAGAGCUAUGUCCACACAGUCCUACGAGACUCGUGCAGCAGGCCGAAAGAACUUGAAGAGGAGCCCGAGGUCGUGCGGGACCGGAGCCAAAAAAGCUGCCAGCUGAAGAAGCCUCUAGAGGCUGCCGGAGACUGUAAAGCUGCGGAGGAGAGCGAAAGACCGAAGCCCCGCAGCCGCCGGAAGCCCCGGGUCCUCUUCUCGCAAGCCCAGGUCUUCGAGCUGGAACGCAGGUUCAAGCAGCAGCGGUACCUAUCCGCGCCUGAGCGCGAGCAUCUCGCCAGCAGCCUGAAGCUCACGUCCACGCAGGUGAAAAUCUGGUUCCAGAAUCGCAGGUACAAGUGCAAGAGACAGCGGCAGGACAAAUCUCUGGAGCUUGGCACACACGCGGCGCCGCCGCCGCCGCGCCGCGUGGCAGUACCAGUGCUAGUGCGGGACGGCAAACCCUGCGUUACGCCCAGCGCGCAGGCCUACGGCGCGCCCUACAGCGUGGGCGCCAGCGCCUACUCCUACAACAGUUUUCCUGCCUACGGCUAUGGGAACUCGGCAGCCGCAGCAGCCGCAGCUGCUGCCGCCGCUGCCGCCGCGGCCUACACUGGGAGCUACGGCUGUGCGUACCCGACAGGCGGCGGCGGCGGCGGAAGCGGGGUCUCCGCGGCGACCACCACUAUGCAGCCCGCCUGCAGUGCGGCUGGUGGCGGCCCCUUUGUGAACGUGAGCAACCUGGGGGGCUUUGGUGGUGCCGGCGGAGCACAGCCCUUGCACCAGGGCACUGCAGCUGGGGCUGCAUGCACUCAGGGCACCUUGCAGGGCAUUCGAGCCUGGUAGGAACUGAGCGGGUCACACGGCAGGCGCCCCACCGCAGCCUGGCGCCUUGGACUGAAGCGCGAGAAAGGCCGGACCCAAGGGUCAGGUCUCCUCGUUAAAAAAAAAAAAAAAAAAAAAAUACACGUCUUGCUUCCCAGGACUCUGGAUCACAGCUCACUAGAGACCUGGGGUGGCGGGUUCUGGGGCGAGGAGGAUGCAGGGAUCCGGUAGCCUGGAUUGUCUAUGAGGCAGAAACAGGAGCUGGGCGCUGGGGAGGACAGCAGCCCCCAACCCUGGCAGCGGGCGGUGGGGGUGUGUUUCAGGAGGCUGGGACUCUGGCUGCCGUUUGGUUCUUCCAAAGCGAGAGGGGCUUCUCUCCCCUGGCCUUACCUCGGCCUCUGCUAAGCGUUGGCGGAGAACCCAAGGACAAAAAGUUUUAAAAGCAUGAAGGAGAGAAAAAUGAGGGUCGUGGUUUGAAAAAUACCAGGUCCUGACGAUCCUCUGCCCACUUUGCGGGCCUGGAACGCCACGCCACAGUUGAUUUUGGCUUCCCAAGUGCCUCCCCGCUACAGCGGAUACCUUGGCUCGGACCUCCAGAUUGCUGGGCGGGGGACGCGGAAAGAACUCUUCCAGGAAAACCAGGCGAGAGAGAUCAAAAUUGGGGGCGAGGGGCACUGAACAAAUCUGGGACCUGAUAGCCCACUGGAGGUGUUACCGGGUUUCCUUUCUGUUUCAUAUUCUGUAUCCAGCACAUAUUAUCUAUAUGUAUAACUAUAUCGACACACCGUGUACACACACGCUGCCAUACACUACAGGAGUCAAUAAACAAGGUGCAAUAUUU